GAAUGCUCGGGGGUUAUGCCUGGGGCCGAAGUUCGGUCGAGUACGUGGAGUCGAGUCUUACCUUAAGUCUGCGAAUGUGUGGGAUCAAUGGGUCGGGCAGGUAGGUACCAAGGUAUUGCAAUAUUCGAGCACUGCGACGUCGACGUGAGCAACAGAGAUGCAGUCGCCCUCGCUGCUAUGCCUGCGCGUGAUGCGCGCCAUGGCCGUGCAAGAGUCCCUGCCGUGUCUCCGGUCACAGGCACUGGCACGGUCUCGGUCACGGUCACGGCGAUGCUACGCCUCGAUGCCCCCAUCACCACCAUCACCACCUCCUCCUCCGCCACGACCGUACCAGACCGCACCCCCACUGGCCGCGCGCAUAGCGGCCGACGCGCAGCCCGGCUUCCGCAAGCGAUCCAAGUCAGACGACGAUGAGGAACACAUCCCGCGCCCCCUCACGCGCCCCAUCGGCAUGCCCAAUCCUCCUCAGCCCGGCCAGAACAUGGGCUUGGACCACCGCACCUUGCGCGAGCGACGAGACGACUUUGUCGACUUCACCAAGCACAUGGAGCGACGUGCGGCAAUGACGAAACAAAUCAGCAAACCCUACUUCCGAGACUGGAGCAAUCUACGCUUCCAUCGAGGCAAGAUCUUCAAGUCCAAUGAACGACUCUUUCGCGCCGAUGUAAGCUUGUGGUUUCCCAACUUCUUCGGAAAGACGCUACGGAAGGAUGCAGCGCGCCUGUUAGACCAGGCAGGAGGCCGCCGCAAUGAUGGAUACCAGGGGCUGGGUCGAGACACCUGCGAGCUGAUGGAGGGCAAAGUCAGUGUGGUGUCCAUUGUGUCGGGAACCUGGGCUCAGGAGCAAGUCGAUACCUUUGUGCAUGAGAAGCAUAAUCCUGAGCUACACCAGGUGCUGCGGGAGAACAGAGACGUGGCACAGAGGGUGUGGAUCAACCUUGAAGACAAUACCCUACGGUGGUGGGUGCUGCAGGCGUUCCGCGCUAAUUUGAGGAGUCAGUUGUCACAGGACGAGCAAGAGAGGUACUUCAUGGUGCGGCGAGGCGUGGACGAUGUCAUGAAAGAGUCCAUUGGUCUGCUCAACGAAAAGGUCGGCUAUGUAUAUCUCGUUGAUGCCGAUUGUAAGAUUCGCUGGGCGGGAAGCGCAGAUGCCGAGUCGGUGGAACGAGAGAGCAUGAUCAAAGGCUUGCGAAAGCUCAUACAGGAGGCCAGGACGCCACGUGGGAAAAGAACAGACUCAGUGCUGCAGCUCGAGGAUGCAGCUGCUGACAGUUUAGAGGUAUAGACCUCGCGGCAGCAGAGGUGCCGCGAAUAUUUGUGCUAUUUUGCUCCUUUUAGUCUCGCUGACCUGCCCGGCACCCGUUCGGUGACACCCUGCUUCAGGUCCUGUAAAUCGUUCCGCACGUCGCGCAAAUGUCCAUGAAAUCUUGCGUGGCCUCAGAGUUGAGCAGCGCGGUGUAGGACACCAAAAAGCUCCAGAGAUCGCGUCCGGUACGCUGCUUGCUAUGAGGAGCGCCAGUAUGACGGGCCAUGCUCCGGACUUCACCUAGCAGUGAUGGAUCUGAGUCAGCGACUGUCUCGUCGAGGGUCACAAUCAAGGUGUGCUUACAUCUACAUGGCUCGUUGUACGGGCCUCUC